AUGAGGACCUGUGGAUACUGCCCGUCAUCCACGACUGCUGCAACUGCUGCAAAUGCAACCAGCGCCACGACUGCUGUGCCAAGUUGGGUGAGGAAUGGUUUCUGUACCAAUUCAUUUUACACUGCCGCGCAUAAAAGGCAGCACUGUGCCAGAUCUUGCAACGUCUGCUAA